AUGGGUAUCCCUGUGACUGAGUCUGAUAUCACUAGGUGGAAACUUGACAUAGAUGAACGCAUUUACUGUGACCUCUGCAGCACAUCCAUUGCCAACUUUCACAGAAGCUGUCUGAACCUAUAUUGUUCAUUCGAUAUAUGUCUUUCUUGCUGCAAGGAACUAAGAGAGCAUUUCCGCAAGCAGAAAAUUGCAGAAAGGACAGGUCAAGGAAAAGACUCCAGCGUUCCUUUGGAUAUCUCUAAUUGGAAGCUUAAUUCUGACGGUAGCAUUCCAUGCCCUCCAAAACAGCGUGGUGGUUGUGGUACUUCAACACUGGUGUUGAAACGCUUGUGCGAAUGUGAUUGGGUCAGUAAACUGAUAACGGAUGCAGAGGAAGUUACUCUGCAGUUUCAGCCACCAGAUGUGGAUAUUGCUCAUGAAUGUUCCUCAUGCAAUGCCAACUCUGGUUCCAUCAUCAGAAGGCAGGCGGCGUUUAGGAAGAAUGCUAGUCAUGAUAACUUCUUAUAUUCCCCAAAUGCCGUUGAUCUGGCUGAAGACGAUAUUGCUCAUUUUCAGUCGCAUUGGAUGAGGGCAGAACCUGUGAUAGUCAGAAAUGUCCUCGAGAAGACAUAUGGGCUAAGUUGGGAACCAAUGGUUAUGUGGAGAGCGUGCAGGGAAAUGAAUCCAAAAGUUCAGUGCAAAGGAGAUGCGAAAAGCGUGAAAGCGGUGAAUUGCUUGGACUGGUGUCAGAUUGAAAUCAAUAUUCAUCAGUUUUUUCAAGGCUACUUAAUAGGCCGCAUGGAUCAAAGUGGUUGGCCAGAAUUGCUGAAGUUGGAGGAUUGGCCUCCAUCAACUUUAUUUGAAGAGCGCCUUCCAAGGCAUAACGCUGAGUUUAUUUCUGCGUUACCUUUCUCUGAUUACACUGACCAAGGUAUCUUGAAUCUCGCAACAAGACUUCCUGAAGGAUCCUUGAAGCCAGAUCUUGGACCCAAGACAUACAUUGCCUACGGUUUCCCUGAAGAACUUGAUAGAGGAGAUUCUGUGACAAAGCUGCAUUGUAAUAUCUCUGACACGGUAUAUGUGCUGACACACACAGCUAAAGUGGAUAUAACUCCUCGGCAAUACAAACGUAUAAAAGAAGCACGGAAACGCUAUGAAGAAACCCAGUUGCAUAAACAAUACGGUGGUCAACAGACAGAAGCUUGCGAAUGUGAAAACAAGUCACUGAAAGAAGAAGAGAAUGAGGAAGCUUUUAAGAAAUGCGACGGUCUUUUGGGAGAACCAUCAACUAGCAGUUUGAAACCGUCUGGGUCACAAGAAGCUGAUAAAGUAUUUGUUUCAAAAGUGGAUAGUCCCCCACAACAUGUUGUGAGUACAAUUGCAAAGUCCAUACAAGAGCAGAAAUUGGAUGCUCCAAAAGAAACUAAUGCCAAUGAGAGUUCAAAUGGUGGUGCUGUGUGGGACAUAUUUCGAAGAGAGGAUGUUCCAAAACUUAUUGAGUAUCUGAAAAGGCACAAGCAUGAGUUUCGUCAUUUUUAUAACAAACCUGUGGAAUCUGUUAUUCACCCAAUUCAUGACCACAGUAUAUUCUUGAACGAAAAACAGAAGAAACAGCUAAAGGAGGAAUUCGACAUAGAGCCAUGGACAUUUGUGCAGCAUCUCGGUGAAGCUGUUUUCAUCCCUGCAGGUUGUCCUCAUCAAGUGAGGAACAUACAGUCUUGCAUAAAGGUGGCACUUGAUUUUGUUGCUCCUGAGAGUGUAGAAGAAUGCCUUAGGCUAACACAAGGUAUCCGGAGACUACCAAAAGACCACAAAUCCAACGAAGAUAGAUUAGAGGUUAAGAAAGUAGUGUUGCAUGCUGCGAGCUCAGCCAUAAGAGAGUCAAAAUAUCUAAUAAUGCAAAACUCCAGGACGCAGUGAUGCAAAGAAGAGACUCUGAAGGUUUGUUUUAAAAGGCUUAUCAGUGCUUGUGAAACAGCCUGGCGAUUCUGUAAGUAAUGUUGUAGACUAGAAGGAAAUGGGUUUAGGUUCUCAAAACCUUGGAAAUCAAGACACCAAGUGUAAUCAUAUUAUCUCUGGCAGCUUGGCAUCUGUACUUUUCACGGCUUCUCCAGUAACUAGCCUUACAUAUUCUAUCAAGAUGGCUUGAAAUCAAGGUUACUGGUUUGGUAGCUGAACAAUAACCUCUAAAAGCAUCUCCAAUCUACUUUUCUAUGUGGGUGGUUUUGUCAUUUGAUGUUUAAUGGAUAUUUUUUGUAUAUUUACUAUUGCAUGACUAUUUCUUGACUUAUAAAAAUAGCAUAGAUUUUCUUUUUCGU